AUGGAGACACUGACGACCAAGCAGUCGAAACCCCUCGCAAUCAUUGGUUUGGCAGCCAAAUACGCUCAGGAAGCGACAGAUGUCAAUCGAUUCUGGAAGUUCCUUCUUGAAGCUCGAGAAGCUACAACGAGCUACCCAAAAGACAGACUGAAUCACGAGGGAUUUUAUCACCCAGAUCCUGAACAUGCUGGAACGACCCAUACUCGACAGGCACAGUUUCUCUCUGAGAAUCCCAAUGCCUUUGAUGCUGCCUUCUUCUCGAUCAGCAAAACCGAGGCUGAAAGUCUCGAUCCCCAGCAACGGCUCGUUAUGGAAAAUGUCUACCAUGCACUUGAGAAUGCCGGGCUCCCGAUGAGCAAGUUCGUGUCGUCCAACACUUCUGUCUUUGCGGCUGGCUUUAAUCACGAUCAUCGUGAUCGACUGAGCACCGAUCCAGAUAUAGCUUUAAAAUAUCAGCCCACAGGGGCUGAAAGCUCCAUGAUCUCAGGUCGAGUGAGCUGGUUCUAUGACUUCAAGGGUCCCAGUCUGACCGUAGAGACUGCGUGUUCCAGCUCAAUGGUUGCUUUUCACUUGGCUACCCAGAGUCUACACGCCGGAGAAAGUGAUAUGCCGGCGACGUUCGUGCCCUACGGGCAGAUACAGUCCGCCUUACGAUCUCUCCAAACUGGCCAGAAUAUGGGCAAGAUCGUCUGCGUGCCGAAGCAGACUGACGAGAUUCCUUGCGCUCUUGAUUCCCGAGCGGCGUAUUCUCUUGACCCGAGUGCUGCCUACAUUCUGGCGGGUGGAAUGGGGGGAAUCGGCCGCAGUAUCGCCCAUUGGAUGGUUAUGCGAGGAGCGAGGCAUUUAGUCUUCCUCAAUCGGACUCCCCAACUGCACGCCGCUGGGCAGACCGCGGUAUCUACCUUGGAGGCCAAGGGCUGCCAGGUCCAAGUGAUCUGCUGUGAUAUUGCGAACGCGCAGAGAACCAAGGCUGUUCUCCAAGGCAUCCGAGGUCCGAACGGCGCUUCGAUUCGGGGAUGCAUCAUCUGCGCAUUGGCUUUGGCGGACAGUGCGUUCGGGGAAAUGAGCCACCGUCAAUGGCAGGAGCCUCUCAAGGCCAAAGUGCAGGGGUCCUGGAACCUUCACCAACUUCUCUCAUCUGACAAUCUUCAAUUCUUUGUUAUGCUCUCUUCGGUGGCAGGCGUGGUUGGCAAUCGCGGCCAGGCGAACUACAACGCCGGAAACACCUUUCAAAAUGCAAUAGCCCGGCUGCGUGUGUCUCAGGGUCUCCCGGGCGUGAGCAUCGACCUCGGCGCCGUCGACUCGGUGGGGUUCACUGCCGAGCAUCGAGAGUCUCUACGUCACAGCUUCCGGGCUGUUACCGUGCACCGCGAGGACCAGAUGUUGGCCAUCAUUGACCACGCGCUAGACCCACGAUUGAAGCGAACCCCGCAAACCUGCCAACUCGUCUGCGGAUUAGCCACAAGAUCCGCGUACGAGCAACGGUGUAUCCCCCUUCCGCCCCAUCUGCAAUAUCCACUGUUCAUGAACCUGCGAGAUCACGUGUCCCCGACCGGGGUGCCGACAGGUUCGACCAAGCAACAUGAUGUGCAGACUCUACUGGCCACAGCCCAGAGCGAGGAAGCCGCCGUAGAGAUGGCGCUGGUGGGGAUCCGGAGAAAGCUGUCCUCAAUUCUGAGCAUCGCCGAAGAUGAGAUUGACCCGUCACGCUCGGUGCGGGAGAACGGGGUGGGCUCGCUCAUCGAGAUGGAGUUUCGGACCUGGAUAUCCAGGGACUUGGGGCUGACCUUGACAAGGCCGACUUCAAUCGCACAACAACUGGACAAGCUCCUCAAACGGCUCCUCGACAUUCAGCCCGCCAUCCCGGGAGAUGGACACGUGAACCUCCAAGAAGACAGUGACAUCCGCCACACCACGCUCCCCCUUCCUGAGCUCCCUGUUCAGCCCCAGGUCGGCAUCAUCAGACAGAUUCGUGCCGAAACCUUACCCAUCUCCCGACGAUUCCCCGACCUUCCCCAUCGCCCAGAGGAGAUCCAUAUCGAAGACCACACGCUCCUAUGCUGCGACUUUAUCUACGACUUCGCGUGGGGCAUCCGUGUGCUCGCUCAAUUAGGUCUGCACGAAAUGUCCCUUUCCUUAAUGCGGUACCUCAGCCUACCGGAUCCAUUCUUCCUCGACCCCCACGACGUAGGCUAUUACGCGGACCGCACUCGCUGGACGGUCAAGUCUUCUGUCGAGCCCGAUGACCACGAAGACCAGGUCUUCCCGCACCGCACCCUGCUUGCCUAUCAGCCUAAGGUAGGCCGUGAUAACGCGCUGCUCCACGGGGAGCCGGUUGCGCUAGUGUCGGCGAUGCGCAGCCGUGCAUUCCAGUUGGAGAUCAAUACCGAGGCGGAGCAGGAAGAGCUGAUGGAUGCCGAUGAAUAUGACAAGGAAGAUCUGAAGUCGUCCUACCCGUAUCUGUUCCCGGAGGAGGAGAUGUUCCCUACUCUUCUGAUCUUCGCGGUUGGGCCGCGGAAUGCCAGAAUUAUUUACGGAUGUAUGAGUUGGUGGUUCGGCACAACUUAA